UCUUACUAAUGCACGGACACGCGCACACACACAGGCAGACAGUAUGGGACACUCGUGGUUUCUACGUACAGUUCUACUUCUCUUCGCCACAUCUGGAGGAUGGUCUAAACCGGUUAUCACUCCUGAUGCCCCCCAUCUGGUGAUUCUUAAAGGUGAACAACUGCAUCUCCGCUGUCACGAUGAUGCAGAUGUGAACGCAGGCAGAGUGCGAUGGCUUCGGGAUAAAGGUCGGAGAAUUGAAGGAGAGCUAAAGGAUGAUGAAGCCAGUGUCAUUCUACUCAACAUCACACAAACACAGCAUAUGGGCAAUUACACCUGCGAGAAUACGGAAACUGAAGAGAAGAGCUCCAUCUACAUUUAUGUGAAAGAUCUGGGCAGUGCAUUUGUUCGGCGCAUGGUGAAUGACCUUCAAGUGAGAAAAGGAGAAGAAAUCACUCUUCCUUGUUUAGUAACAGACCCAGCUGUCAGUCACCUGUCUCUGCAGACCUGUAAUGGCUCUGCCCUACCAGCUGCUCUCACCUUCAUCACGUACCCUCAGGGAGGAAUCACCAUCAGAAAUGUUUCCAAAGCCUUUGAGGGCUGCUACUUCUGUGCAGGACAACUGGAUCAAAAACCUGUCAAAUCCAGAGAGUACAACUUGGUUGUGCGGCUAGCACCAGAAUCAGUGCCAGCAAUCAGCCUCUCCAGAAAUGAAAAUGUGAUCCUGAUCCAAGACCAGGAGUUUAAGCUCACCUGCAGUGGUGUCAACAUCAACCAUGAUUUCCACCUGAGAUGGACAAUCCCUUCUGAAGCGACAGCACUGGAAAGCCAUAAAUCAAACAUCCAGCCUGGAUCUGGAGAAUAUCAGCGAUCAAUAACAUUGUGGAUCCAAUCUGUGAAGAUGAACGACACGGGACCCUAUCGCUGUAAUGCCAGGAAUGAGAAGGGGGUCUCCAUGGCUGCUGUCAAUCUGGAGGUUUACGAGCGUGGUUUCAUUAACCUCACAGAUGGAGAGGACAGGGUGGUGGAGGUGCGAGAGGGAGAAAGUCUGACCCUCAGUGUAGAAAUAACUUCAUACCCCAAACCCAACGACGUCUACUGGACUUAUAACAACCAGGAGCUCCAAAACACAUCCGAGCACGUCAUUACACUGCACAACCAACAAUACAGGUACAUCAGUGAACUGAGGCUGGUUCGAGUUCAUGGAUCAGAAGGAGGGAUCUACACUUUCUCAGCCAAUCAUAAAUACGAGUCUGUCAAUCAGUCAUUCGCUGUUCAUGUUAUAUGUAAACCAGUGAUAGUUUCCCAGGAAGGGCCAGUUGAUGGACAGGUGCGGUGUGUUGCUUCAGGUUAUCCUGUCCCCAAAAUAUCUUGGUAUUACUGCGAGCCACCACAUACUCGAUGCUCCCACCUGUUGAAUGCAACGCAAGCAGAUGAGGAGUUUGCUGUGAUUACAGUGUCGGGGUCAGAGUUUGGACGAAGUGAGGUGGAGAGUCGACUUAAUAUCAGCAAAGGGAAAUUUCACACUCUUGAGUGUGUGGCAACCGCUCAAGGGGAACAGGCCUACACCCUCUUUUCAAUUAGCGAGAGGACCGUGCCUCAUAAACUCUUCACACCACUGCUGUCUGGGGUCGUGUCCACUUCUGUUCUGCUUAGCUUCAUUCUGGUAGUUCUGCUUUACAAAUACAUGCAGAAACCCAAAUAUGAGAUCCACUGGAAGGUGAUUGACAGUUUUGAUGGCAACAAUUAUACCUACAUAGACCCAACACAGCUCCCUUAUGACCCAAAAUGGGAGUUUCCACGGGAAAGACUGCGGUUUGGUAAAAUCCUUGGCUCUGGAGCGUUUGGUAAAGUGGUGGCAGCUACUGCAUAUGGACUUUGCUCAGCUGACACAGUGACCACAGUUGCUGUAAAAAUGCUAAAACCGAGUGCACACUCCACUGAGAAAGAGGCUCUAAUGUCGGAGUUAAAAGUCCUGAGUUACAUCGGUAACCAUAUAAACAUCGUCAACUUGCUUGGCGCCUGUACAGUAGGAGGUCCCACUCUAGUGAUCACGGAAUACUGUUGCUAUGGUGACCUGCUAAACUUCCUAAGAAGAAAGCGGGAUGCUUUCUUCAGUUCCAAAACAGGCGAUGGAUAUUACAAAAAUCUGCUCAGCCAAACACAACCCUCAAUAGAAGGCACCGAUAAUGGUUACAUGCCCAUGAGGUCAUAUCAGAAGAGAUCAAAUCAGACAGAAUGGUGUGAUGACAAAGAUGAUCUAUCUUUGGAUACUGAGGAUCUGCUCAGCUUCUCGUAUCAAGUGGCUAAAGGCAUGGACUUCCUCACAUCCAAAAAUUGUAUUCACAGGGAUCUGGCUGCCAGGAAUGUUUUACUCACUCAGGGUCGAGUGGCGAAGAUAUGUGAUUUCGGUUUGGCACGUGACAUCACAAGAGAUUCCAACUACGUCCUGAGAGGAAAUGCACGUCUGCCAGUGAAAUGGAUGUCCCCGGAGAGCCUGUUUGCUUGUGUGUACACUUUUGAGAGUGACGUCUGGUCCUACGGCAUCUUACUAUGGGAGAUCUUCUCUCUGGGUAACACACCAUAUCCGGGGAUUCCAGUUGGAUCCACAUUCUAUAAGAUGAUACAAGACGGAUACAGAAUGAGCGAGCCUGAGUUCGCCCCAAGUGAAAUUUACGAGGUAAUGAGAUGGUGCUGGAGUGCCGACCCUCUAAAAAGACCACCUUUCAAGAAGCUGGUGGAAAGAACCGAGCUCCUGCUGUCGGAAACCACCAAACAUGAUUACUUGAAUCUCAGCACCAGUGGCAGCUGCGAGGCGUUUGUUCCUCCAGGCUUGCAGAGGCCACAAAGGCUGAGCUCAGUGGGCAGCUCAACAGCCUCCACUCAACCCCUGCUGCAGGCUACAAAUGAUGUUUUUCUGGAACAUCAGAGCAUAUAAAUAACGUCCCCAUCACCAUUGUCUCAAUAGGUUUGACCUAAAAGCCUUAUCUUCCCGUUUUCCUUUUACCUUUAAUCGUGGCAUUUAAGGGCAUCUAGUAAAAUGACCUGCCCUCUGUUUGGCUCAAUGCAACUCCAUUAGCCUUGUCUUCGAAAGAUAUUUCCAAAUACUGGAGACGCAGCAUGUCCAGCCAUGUAACUCUUAAUGUAUUUUUCUAAAUGCAGCUGUUUUAUUGUAUCGAUCGGCAGUAUUUUGAGUGCACGGCCAGGCAAGCGUUUAGAUGUAGAACCUAAUGUUACCUCACCAGAUAAAUGACCAGCUCUACUGAUGACAUCAUCAUGUAGCGAGUGACUCUCUGAUGUGAUAUCAUGCUAUGUUUUUGCUAGUUUUUUUGUUUGACUGGGUGAACAACUUCACUGAUCUGUAAGGUAGGUCACUGGUAAAGAUGUUGAACCCAAGGUGAGUCUUGUUUCAAGCGCUUAAUAUUAACAAAUGGAGGUUUCUGUUCAUACGUUCUACUCUUUUCCGCAUGUGAUAGAACAGGUUAUUUAUUCAUCAUGUAUUGUAUGCUCAUCUGAACUGUAAGUUAAACUUACUGGUGUAAUUUUCAUAUUUAUUAAUGAUGAAUAAGGGGGUAGGGGUGUGUGAUGUUGACGUUUGUUUCUCGCCAAAUGUAUUUUCAAGAGUUCCCACUUAGAUAUGCUUGGCGUUUAAAGCAGGUUUGGCAUGCUGUCCUGGGAGAGAACCCUGAGCUCGGAGAUAUUUGAGCCCAAGGCUCCCGCCCGGUCGAUAAGCAUAUCAGGAGAUCCGAGAUCAGGUAGGUCUCGAGAGCUCCCCCUUUUGAAAAGGGAGGAAGAGGAGGAGAUGGGGUGGAAGGGGGGAUUCUUCCAAACGAAGAUAGAAACAGUAGGGAGAAAAUGAUCCAUUUAUAGUAAACUAGGAUCACUCUGUUUGGAUUAUUACUGAUUACAGAUGAGUGGCCAGACGUGCUCAAUCAUAUCACAUGCUCCUCUCGAAAUUAGUUUAUGAAACUUCACUUUGUGCAUAUUACACAAGUCUCCAAUAGACGGACACCAUUGACUACGUUUACAUGGACACCAGUAAUCGAAGAAUUCACCUAAAUCUGAUUAAGACAAUAAUAUGAUUAAGGUGCUUACAUGAGUUGCUUUUCGAAUGUUCCUUUCAUGAUCCCGUUUAAAUGUUAUAACACAGAUUGAUUAACGUCAUUACUAUUUACGUUUCCUCCGGAGUUUCAUGUACAGGGUUCAUACGGUCAUGGAAAAGUCAUGGAAAGUCAUGGAAUUUUGACAUGGCAUUUUCCAGGCCUGGAAAAGUUUUGGAAAAACAGAAAAACCCACAAAGUUUUGUAAAAGUCAUGGAAAAAAAAGUUUAACAAAUAUCUGAAUAUAUGAAUUUGGGCUGCGCUAAAUGGGAAAAAUCUGACAUUACCUUAUUUUGUAUUUCUGUGAUAUAUAUAUAUUGCGAUGUGAAUACAAUUUCACCAGAUGAUUUAACAGGUUUAUUUGGAUUGAUUGGGGGGAUUUUGUAGAGGAGUGAAUCUCGAAUAACAUAUAACAAAUAGAUUAAAAGCAUUGAUAAAUAAAAUAUGGUAAAGAAAAAAUGAAUUGUAGUUUUCAGGGAUUCAUUAUUUAGGUACAGAUAUUGAAAAAUCAACACUGCAUAGUCUUCAUUGUAUAUUAUUUAAUCUGUAUUAAAGUUGUAAAAUAU